AUGGACGUGGUCAUCGCAUGGAUGGCGUGUGAGGCCAGCUAUGUGCGCUGGGAAGGUGGAGACAAGCACUCGGGUGCUACAAAGGCGUCCCUUGCAACCGAGAUUGUCGGCAAGCUCGGAGCGCAUGGUAUUGUCGACGAGGACAGCAUCCAGAAGGAGGUGCACCGAAUUUGCCCGUACUACUACACGUUGGAUGAAGUGAUGCGUGAUCGGGCGUCGACGGCGCCGCUGGUCACAAGCGACGACCUCGACUUGGGUGGGUCCGACAACGAAGCCGAACCAAGCCUGCCGCCACAAGCAAGCGAACAUGAGAAGAAACGAUAG